AUGGGGGAAAUCAGCGAAAAUUUCUGUUUAAGCCUAUUUUUUGCUUUUACAGUGUUUGUUCAACUGAAAAGUUAUGGUGCUGCAGUCGAGGACGGAGAUGCUCUUUCCUUGGACACCUCGAUUACUGGAAAUCAGACAUUAAUUUCAAAGAAUGGCACAUUUGAAUUGGGGUUCUUCAACCCCAAAGGAACCAAUAACUGGUAUAUCGGCAUCUGGUAUGCCCAUAUGACAGAGAAGACGUUCGUUUGGGUGGCUAACAGAGAGACUCCAUCGAGAAACGGGUCCGGCGUUUUGAAGCUGUCAAAAGGUGGUCAUCUGGAACUGUUCGAUGCAGAGGGCGCGUCUCUUUGGUUCGCCAACAUAUCAAACAAGGCCUCCCGAGCCGUGAUAUUAGAUUCUGGUAAUUUCUUAAUUCUCAGUGAUGACAAUAAAUCUCAAACUAUUUGGCAGAGUUUCGACUAUCCCGUGGACACCUGGUUGCCAGGGAUGAGGUACGGUGGACGCCAAAAGCUAGUCUGUUGGAGAAGCUCUUUGGAUCCUGCUCCUGGGCUUUUCUCCCAUCACGUGGAUAGUGAUACAUCUGGGUCCAGACAAUACGUGCUAACAUGGAACAAUUCUGUACAAUAUUGGGCUAGCGGAACUUGGGACGGCCAGUUUUUUAGUCGCAUUCCAGGACUUACAGACAACGGCUUCUACAAUUUUACCGUUGAAAAUACUAAUUCUGGUUUGUAUGCCACUUAUACAUCUAAGACUAUCCAGAAAUUUCGUUUUGUCCUAGUUAAGUCUGGAGCAAUAGAACAAUAUGCUCAGCUUGAUGACGGUAAAUGGAACAUGUUCUGGUCUCAACCAAGAGAUCAAUGCGCCAUAUAUGGUUUGUGCGGCGCAUACGGAAACUGCAACUCCAACAAUGUUCAGUUCUGCAGCUGCGUGGAAGGUUUCACCCCCAAAGACACUCGCGCCUGGGAUAUGGGAGAGUCGUGGUCCAGUGGCUGUGUUCGGCAGAGCCCCUUAAACUGCAAUGCCAAAAAUGGCAGCACGGACGGAUUUCUGGAGCUGAGCGUCACGCUGCCUGAUGCUGAUUCCGCUUCCUCAUACCCUGCAGCCUCAAAGCAAGAUUGCGAGAAAGCCUGCCUCCUCAACUGCUCGUGCACUGCGUUUACAUUCACUCCGUCUUCAGGACUCUGCCAAAUCUGGUCCGGAGAUUUGUUAAACAUGCGUAACUCUCUUUCAUCUAAAAGCAAUUCAAAUGUUUUUGUUCGAGUAGCUGCGUCUGGACUUCCGAAAACCGAUAAAUCGUUCUCCUCCAAACGCAUAAUCACAUUUAUUGUUGGUGUUCUCGCCGUUGCAUUGGGUAUCUUCUCAAUUUUAAUGUGGUGGAGGCAUCGACAGAGGCAUUGGCUACGAUCUACGGAGAGGUGUGCAGAUACCUCAGACCCCUUUCUAAGAAUGUUUAGCUACAUGGAGUUGAAGAUUGCAACUAGGAAUUUCAGGUCUAAGUUGGGGAGCGGAGGAUUCGGCACGGUGUUCAAAGGAUCUCUGACAGAUAGUACCCUUGUGGCCGUAAAGAAAAUGGAGGGUUCAAGACAAAGUGAGAAGCAAUUCCGAGCAGAAAUCAGUUCUCUUGGACACAUACAACAUGCGAAUUUGAUCAGGCUUCGAGGGUUUUGUGCAGAAGGGUCGAGAAGGUUUCUGAUUUAUGAUUACAUGGCCAACGGCUCUCUGAAUUCCUUUCUCUUCACAAGUAAUUCCAAAAGUAAACAGAAGGCACUCGACUGGAAGAUCCGAUUUGAGAUCGCGUUAGGCACCGCAAGAGGAUUACUUUAUCUCCACGAAGAAUGCAGAGAUCGCAUCAUUCACUGUGAUGUUAAGCCAGAAAAUAUUCUGCUGGACGGUAAUUUUUCACCGAAGUUGGCCGAUUUCGGGUUGGCAAAGCUUGUGGGUAGAGAUUUCAGCCAGGUCCUGACCACAACAAGAGGAACGAGAGGAUAUUUGGCUCCAGAGUGGAUCUCCGGUCUUCCCAUCACUCCCAAGGUUGAUGUAUAUAGUUUUGGUAUGACGCUCUUGGAAAUCAUUUCCGGGAGAAGGAAUCUUGAUCUAAAUGUGAAAGAUUCUAGUCAGUAUUACUUUCCAGCAUGGGCUGCAACUCAAAUUUACAACGACAACAUAAUUAAUAUGGUGGAGGAGGGUAUUGCAGAAGAGAGAGAUUUUGAAGAGGUGAGAAGAGCAGGUAUUGUAGGGUUGUUAUGCAUUGGAAGGGAUGAGGAAGUGAGGCCAAGCAUGAGGCAGGUGGUGCUAAUGCUGGAAGGGAAGAUGCAGCCUCAAAUUCAGCAGAUUCAAAGCUCCAGGGUCGUGGACAAGAAAGCAGACCAAAGCGACACUGACAGCGGUAGCGACUGCUGAUGUUAUUAGAUAGACUAGUGUAUGCGGGGCUUUAAACUU